CGGGAGGGUUCCCGGGUAGCCUCAGCAGCCCCGGCCCCAGCGGUACUUCGUCCUUGCCGCUCGUUGGGUUGCCGCCAUCCCCUGGAUUUGGGUUCCCCCGCGGUGCCCCGUGCCGCGCUCGGCUUCGCUUUCCUCCUCCCGCGGGAGCGGAGCGGGGACGUGGCGGCUCGGUCCAGCGCCGGGGCUGGUAACCAAGCCGCAGCCCGUGGCCUCUUUUAAUUCCUAUUUCUGUUUGUAUUUUUAGAUCUAUUUCUAACCCUACUUCUGUUUUACAUUUCCAUUUCCCUCUCCCGUUUUUAUUCCUAUUUCUAUCCCCGUUUUCUCUUUCCGUUCGUAUUUCCACUCCUGCUCCUGUCCCCGUCUCUUCCCCUGGCCAUGGCUCCCGCCCGUCGCGUGCAAUAGCCCCCGCACCCCGAAGCCCGAGUUGUCCCCGAGCCGUGGAUGCGAUGGGGCCGCUGUGGGCGCUACGUGUGGCCGGGGCGCUGAGCGUGGCCGGGGCGCUGGCGGGGCACGACGGGUCCCAGCGCUCGGGGCCGCCGGCGGCUCUGGACGCGGGGACCCGGGAUGACGGCGCGGGACACGACCGGGGCGUGGACUGCCGGGAGGUGCGGAAGCGCAACAGCUCCGAGCGGUGCCGCUUCGUGCGCAGCACCCCGGACUGCCGCCUGGACGACGGUUUCCUCGACUAUCUCGGCGGAGCGUUCUGCGCCUUCCCCGCCGCGCUUCUCCCGCUGCCCGUCGGCCUCUACGUGCUUUGGCUCCUCUACCUCUUCGUCAUCCUCGGCGUGACGGCGGAGAAGUUCUUCUGCCCCAACCUGUCGGCCAUCUCCACCACGCUGAAGCUGUCCCACAACGUGGCUGGUGUCACCUUCCUGGCCUUCGGCAAUGGGGCCCCGGACGUCUUCAGUGCUGUGGUGGCAUUCUCCGACCCGCGCACGGCUGGGCUAGCGGUCGGGGCUGUCUUUGGCGCCGGCAUCUUUGUGACCACGGUGGUGGCCGGUGGCAUUGCCCUGGUGAAGCCCUUCUCAGCUGCCUCCAGGCCCUUCCUCCGGGACAUCAUCUUCUACAUGGUGGCCGUCUUUCUCACCUUCCUGAUCCUCUACUUUGGCCGCAUCACACUGGGGGAGGCUCUCGGGUACCUGGGGCUCUACGUCUUCUACGUCUUCACUGUGGUGCUGUGCACCUGGAUUCACCGCUGGCAGCGUGGGGAUGGGCUGCCCCAACCCGGGCCGUGGGAGCCAGCCAUACGGACAGAAGCUGAGGAACGGGAGUCCUCGGGCACCAACUGCGGGGACUACGGUGAGGAGUACCGGCCCCUGCUGCCCUACCGCGAUUCCUCGCUGCACAUUCUUGGCACUGCCCUCAACCCCCUGGACAAGCAAAAGUGGAGGAGGAAGCCCUGGUACUGGCGGCUCUUCAAGGUGCUCAAGAUCCCUGUGGAGCUGGUACUGCUGUUCACCGUGCCUGUGGUGGACCCUGACAAGGAUGACUUGAACUGGAAGAGACCUCUCAACUGCCUGCACAUCAUCACCGGGCCCCUGACCUGCAUCCUCACCCUCAAGUCGGGGGCCUAUGGGCUGUAUCAGAUCCAGGGCAUCUUCCCAGUCUGGGCACUGGUGGCACUGUCUGGCUCCGUCCUGGCCAUCAUCAUCUUUGUGACCACGCGCAACGAAGAGCCACCCAAAUCCCACUGCGUAUUCGCCUUCCUCGGGUUCCUGGCCAGUGCUAUGUGGAUCAAUGCAGCAGCCACGGAGCUGGUGAACGUCCUGAGGACCCUGGGUAUCAUCUUUGAGCUGAGCAACACUGUGCUGGGCCUGACCUUGCUGGCCUGGGGCAACAGCAUUGGAGACACCUUCUCUGACCUCACCAUGGCACGGCAGGGAUACCCCCGCAUGGCCUUCUCUGCCUGCUUUGGAGGCAUCAUCUUCAAUAUUCUGGUGGGCGUGGGGCUGGGCUGCCUGCUGCAGAUGACCAGCAGCCAGAUGGUGGUGAAGUUGGAACCUGACAGCCUGCUGGUGUGGAUCUUGGCUGGGGCCCUGGGACUGAGCCUGGUGUUCUCCUUCGUGGCGGUACCAGCACAGUGCUUCCAGCUGGGCAGGGCGUACGGCACCUGCCUCAUCCUCUACUACUUGGCCUUUCUCUGCGUGGCCCUGCUCACCGAAUUCCAGGUGAUCCACCUGGUUCCCACCUGAGCGCUGCAGGGCCCCAUCCCUGCCCUGCCGCAGCCCACGGGGCCACACAUUUGCUCUCUGGAGAGAGAGCUGGUUGUGUUUUGGGAAAGAAAGAGGAUUUGUUAAGCACUAGCCAUCUCCUCGCUCCGUUCUGUUGAACUUCGUUUAACUUGGGGUGUCUCUGAACAAGGAUGAGGGUAAAGGCUUGAUUGGCUGCUGCCCCAGGGCACAGGACUGGAGCAGCCGCAGGGGAGCAUGCGCUAGGACACCCCUUCAUCUCCCCAUCUGGGCUCCUUGGGGGCUGGCAGCUGUGCGUUGUGGGAAAACUGGAAAGUAAAGGCUUGAGUGCAACUUUGGGAACGUCUGUCAUUGCAAGGGGCAGCAAGCCUUCAGCAGGUGAAUUGAAAGAGCAACCAGAGGUGUUAAGGUGAGGCAAAGCACCAGAGCAGUUCUUGGGCUUCAUGCACGCAAAGCUGAUAAUGAGCCGCUGUUUUUUUUUUUUUUUUUUUUUUUUAAAGCAAUACUUUUCAACCUGAAUUUAAGAUACUCAGAGGGUGCACAGAGCUGUAGCAAAGGACUUAAUAUCUGGAGGCUCUUACGUGCCCGACAGCCUCUGGCAAAACUAGGUUUAGACACUGUAAGAACGGAUAACUUGCAAUUAAAAACUACACAGCCUCCACGGGUGGUGUUUGCUGUGAAGCGGGGUGUGCAGGGCUGGACUGCAGGGAGGACCUGGGGCUGCUUGUGGUGAGGCAGAGGCCAUGCAGCACUGCCUGGGGCCACAGUUUCCUCUGGGGUUAGUGCCUGCACGUUUCCCAACAGCAGUCACAUGCAGCUGAAGUUGCUGUCACAGCAGCACGUUACAUGGGUCUGCCCUGACUACAGCCACUGGUCCUGAUGCGGGGUUGCACUGCUGUGGUUGGCCCAGUGCUACUCUGUGGGGACAGGGGGCAGCUGCACAAGCAGCACUCUGCUGCUGGCAGCUUUCAGGCUCUCCUAGCCUGCUCCUCUUUCCUUCCGGGCCCAGAUCCUUCCUCCGUUCUCUGGCUGUGUAAGUGCUUUCACAAGAAUUCAGGUGCUGUUUGCUGGCUGCUAUUGGCUCUGCCCUGGAUUUACCACAGCCAGCCCCAGCUUCCAACAAGCACCACGCAGCACAGACACCGAGGUGAAGGAGCAACAGCUUCUGCAGCCCCUCCUGCCCCUCGGGGGUAGCUAUAAAAGCAAAACGUAAGUUUGAAAGUAUUGUGGUAACAGAGAGAAAAACUGUCAGGGGCACAGAAAGAAGCAGGCUGGGAGCUGGCAAGGGCCAGGAGCAAGAAUUCAUGCAUGUGACGAGUACUCCUGCAAGCAGCCGCCACUGGAGAGAGAGGGCAGGCACAGUUCCUCUGCAGAGGAUGUGGCAAUCUGUAAACUGAAACCGAGCCCUGCUUCUGAAACAGCAGGCAGGAGGAAAGCAAGCUGCUGCCUCUAAAGCUGAGGAUGCUCUUUAUUAGUGUGCUUGAAAAAUCUAGAGAACAUUUUACAGACACAUCCAUAAAAUUAUCUUUAUAAACAAAAGACCAGCAUACAAAACCCUCCUGUGUUCCUCCCUCAUUCCCUACAAAAUGAUUGUCGUUAGUCUGUGGGUAAGGUGGGGAGGAAGAGCAAAUAGUAGGGGAGGCCCCAUACUAAAACUUCUUACUUCUUUUCCUUCCAAAGAAGUAAACUUCUGUGAUCUUCCUUGCUUAAAAAAUAAUACUGUGUACACGGGGGCAAACCCACAUCUCAGCAUAAAGCCAGAAAAGCAGCACCCGAGCCCCAUAGCCCAGGGGCUUCAGUGCUGUUCCCCACACCAGAGCCCUGCUCCCACAUGAGUGGGUCAGUGCCUCUGCAGCACAGCAUAAAGCUGCAGCUCCAGAACAGGUCAGUGAGAGCCCUGCCACGGUGACAAAGACUUUAAACAAAGCCACACUUCCUUUUCUAACCUUCUCAAUGCUCAUCCUGCCCAUAACCUGGAAACAUUUCCCCCAGCCCCAGGAUUAACGCAGGUAAGUCUCCCAGUCUGCAGUCCCACGCAGAGCAACUGCAAGACAAACACUGCACUGCUCAUUAAUUUGUGGUCAAAUUUAUGGUUUGGAAAAUAGCCCUUUAAGGUCCUUCAUGGUUCAGCUCAGAAUUACUUUCAUACCACCUGCAGAGCCCAGAGGAGAAA